ACUUGACAAAUUGUCGUAUUUGAUGUUGCUUAACACAUCCAUGUGGAAUCCCAAAAAUAAAACUAAAGAAUCGACAAUACAUUAUUCAAGAUUUACAGAUACAUAAGUCAAAUUCAACCUAGGAGUUUGACAAAACUCAAGAGUCGAGUAUAUAGAAGAUAUUAUAUUUGAAAAUUAAAUUUGAAGUAAUCUCAAAGUUUUUCUUGGGAAACUGACGCAAACUACUUCAGAGAAAUAAUAGUAAUCAAAAUUAUCAAAAAUAAAAAUAUGGUUUGCAAAACGAAAUUUACUGAAAUUAUAUCCAAUCAUUUUUAAAUGUUGAUUUUGUUUUUAGUAAUCUAAUUAGCCAUUAGGUGUAAAAUAUAUUCAGAAUGUGAGAUAUGAUUGUGCGUGUGUAGAUCGGUAUUCUAUUGCUGAUUAAGAAUUCAGUAAAUAAAUGAAUCCUGCGGCCAUUAUCAAGGAAGUAUUAUAAAUAUAGAAGUACAUACAAUUGGAUUUAGGUAGAAUGAAAAAAAUCAUAUAGUUAGUUAUAAUAGUGAACGUGAAAACUAGUCGAAGAUAUAUCUAAAUCGUAAUAUUUAACAAUAUGAUUCAGCGUCAAUGUUUUGAAAUCCAGCUACGGGUGGACGGAUGGGAUGGAUGACAAAAUAAGGUUCAAAUGUUCUUGGUUAAUUACCGAUAUUUAUCGUUUAGCUAACUCUAUUUAUAGUUUUUUGUUCCCUUCUUCCAAUAGUCCUGGCACAGUUAGCAAGAGCUCAAGAAUAAGCCUCUCCGAUUGUGACCACUGUGACCAGCUCCACAAGAACAUUUAAAUAUAUAUAUAUACAAAUGAAGGAACCUAUCAUGAGUGUCAUAAUAUGAGAACUCAUUAGCUUGGGUUGAUUUAUAGCUUGGUUGUAUUUAGUAUCUUUUCAAAUGAUCCAUAUAGGGCGCAAAUUAGAGUGACGCUACCUAUGCCACUUUCAAAAUUGAAGUUUUUGAAAGAGAGAAAUAGUUUUCUUAUCUGCAAUGAUUGUGUUUGGUUUUUAAUUUUGAACAUAUUCGUUUUAUCAAGCCAAAUUUGUUAAAGACGAUUAAUAAUAUUGGAAACAAUGAACAGUUUAUGAUAAUCUGUCCAACUCAGAUAUACUUUGAAUUUUUAAUUAACUAAACUCUUUAGGUACAGAUAAAUCUUUCAGUGGACGUCGGAGCACUUCAUCCAGACGUAUCAGUUUCGCCGUAAUGGACGAUUCCAAGGAUAUAACUGAUUCUACAAAUGCAAGUGCGAACUAUCUUGAUCAGUCAUUAGAAGCAAAUGAAUCGCAACAUCGUUUAUCAGUGAGCAAAGGCCAUCUUCAGAAACAUCGAGGUUCUGGGAGUUUUAGAUAUUUUACUGCUCACGGGUCCGAUUUAUCUAAUGUGUUUGAACAACGCCCUAGUCUUAUGGGGCAAAUGAAUCGAACUAGUAGCGGUGAUAUCUGUACUGACGUUUUUGACGAUUCAACCGAUAAUCCUGGAACUCCAGUUUCUGAGGAUGAUAAUCAAGACGUUUAUCGUGAAGAACAAAAUUUGCUGCAAAUGAAUCAUGUCAAUAAAAGUCUAAUUCACUCGAAUCCCUUACGUUUAAAACCAAGACAAGGUCAUCAUUCCAGAUACGAUGAAACGAUCAAGUCCCAUACAUCUGUACGACGAUCUGUAUCAGCUGCCCUUUCUGCGAAGAAGUCUUUGAAAUCUAAUACAAUUCAUCAUGCCUUAGCUUUUGGGGAUAAUGAGACUUAUCAUGUAGAUGAUUACAUAUCUCAUAUGCCGUGGGUUGAUGCUGUUAUAGAAUUUGCAAAUUAUACCAGUUUUGAUUGUGAUCAUCAAAAUUCAUGUGCUUCAAAUUGCUUUGAAUAUCAACAGCACCAAUGCCGAAAUUUGUUAAAUGCAAUGAAACAGGUGUAUGAAUCAGAAACUGAGAGUAAAUUUGUUAUAUCUGUUGAUCGUCAGUAUUUAUAUUCUCUAAGUACUGUUAGUAAUACGCCUACCGCUACAAAUACAAGUGCAACACUUAAUCGUGGUUUAAAUGUAACUUGUGAUACAGGUACAACUUCACCAGCAUCGUCUAAUGUAAUUCGCCAACAUAGACCAAAUGAUUCACGCUCAGAAAACUCUUCCGAUCAAGAUUCCUCACAUUUAGACUCUACUGACGAUUUAUCCGGUUCAGAUGUCACACAUCAACAACAAGUUAAUCCAGGACAUGUAAAGCAUAAAAUUAGCACACUAAAAAGUUUACCAAAUAUUGUUCAAUCUAACGACAGUUUAACUGGUUUAAGCAAAUCAGUUGAUAACGAUCUUGAUGUCAAUAAUUUUCUAUUAAUGCAACAGGGUGCACUGGCAGCAAGUAGCGGUAGUGAAUUUUGGAAAGCCAGAUCAAAACUGUUUAUAAAAUCUGCAAAAAGAAAAGAAUCUAAUAUAUUUGGACCAAGUUCAAGCCGUGAAAACAUGAAUCUACUGACCAAGAUUCGAAUGAAAUCAUUUAACCGUUCAAUCAAUCCAAGCUCGUUUGAGAAUGAUACACCGGGUUUGACAGGAUUAAUUAACCUGAGUAUGUUGGCUGGAGCAGGUGCGGGUUUGCUGAAGAGUUCUCGCCAAAGUAUUAGUCUGAAUCCACCACUGCUUGGGAUUGAGGCUGACGAAGCAAGUGAAACUUUACCAGGUUUUGAAGAUGAUGAUGGUGUUAAAAGUCAGAUUAGGAAACCUGUUAGAUUUCGUAAACAUCAUUUAGGUGAAUUACCUAUUCAGUGUUAUUUGGAUACUCAUGUAAAAAAUCUUUGUAGCAGUGGUUUCAAUCUUUUGAAUAAAGCAGCUUUACUACUUACAAAUAAUCAACUAGCAAAGAUGCUUCCGUUGGCUUGGGAGUUGCUGCUAGAAACGGAUACAGAAUUGUCAUCAAGUGCAGCAUGUUUCAUACUUUUCUGUGGUGUACGUUGCCCUCAAAUCGUUCAAGAAAUGAUUCUAGACGAAAUGCGACAUGAGAAACCUUCUCAGAGAUUUAAUGCUAUUCUACGAUUUAGAACAUUGUGGUGUCAUCGUUUUCAUGUUUGGUCGCGACUUGAAGAAAAUGCACCUAGUCAAUUAAGAGUACCUCCAUCUUUUAUUGAAUUUGUUUUGCCUUCACCUACACUCGGUUAUCCUGGAUUCGAGGCACCAGAUCCUGUUUGGCAGAUUCGUAAAGGAACAUCGGCUGAAGAGGUUCAGCUAAAACAAAACGAAGCUACGAAAACAUUUGUAACAGCUUCAACAUCUAGGCGUAAACAGCAACAGGAACUUUUGGCUCGUGCAAUAGCAACAGAAACCAUGCGAAGAAAAGAGGCCAGACAGUCUUUUCAUUUAACAACAUGCCCAGUUCUGGAACGUGCAACCAUUGAACCAGCUUUCAGCAAAGAACACAGGGAUGAAGGCAACAUUGAUGAUAAUAUCGCAAAUUCUGCAGGAUUCAAUAGUGGAGCAGGUGGUGGACAAAUAGGAGUAUCCAAUUCAACACAAGAUGAAUAUACUGCUGCUGUUCGGAGACUAAGUCUUGCACCAAUUAAUCGUACAGUUCUCAGUCAAGCUCGCAAUUUAUCGUGGCGUCAGAGCUCAAUACCUUGGUUACGGAACAGUGUUAUAGCCCAUGACGAUGAAGACCGUUGGUUAAGUGGAUCUCAUUCUUUAUUCCCAUCACAACCAUUGCAACAAGCUCAGUUGGUCUUCCCAUCUGCUCUAUGCUCUGCAUCAGUUUUACUGAUUAAUCUUUUAGAUGAUACGGCGAUAAAUGAGCAUGGAACAGCAGUAAAUACAAUAGCUGAGUAUGUGAUAUUUAAUUGUUUGCUAGAAGAUACACCAUUAUUUUUACGCUUUAUAUUCGAGCGUCUCACACGCAUAAAAAAUAAAGAUGAACUUAUAUUUAUUUUACGUAAAAUGAUUCAACGGUUACCUGAAUUACCAAUGCAAACAGCACAUGCUCUGUUCAAUAACUUAAAGAAUUGAAGACAUUCGUCAACUGAAUUACCUUGCUCCGGGUGGUCCAACUGAAUGUCGUAAGGAAACACCUGGUCUCUUGUUGACUGGAGUAGCCACCAGGCUAGUAAAUUAUGAAGUUGCAAAGAGUAACUUCAAGUCAUUAGAUAAAACAAAAUAUAACGAAACAGCUGAGAAAACAACAAGAAGUGGAUUAUGUGGUGAAAUCAACACUUUGUCUGUAAAUAAAGGUUUUCCUCUAUCAUCGAAUCAAAUGCUGAGAAAUCCUGCUGCAGUAACAAGUGGUCAUCACCGUCCGACAGCUUAUGAACCCAGAGAAGCAGUUUUACAGUUGGCUUGCGAAUUUUUAUCUACCUGUUCCGGGCGUCUUUUGGAAAUGGAAGAAAAACAACGUAUAUCUGAUCUUUUAGACGCUAAAUCACACAUGGUGCUCCAUAUCUACAUGCACGAGUACGAGCCCGGCAAGAAUUAGCCUCCCUAGUCAAAAUACCAGCACCCAAGCUGAAUUCACGUGAAAAGCUAACCGAAAUUGACUUUGCAUUCGUACCAGAAGUAAGCGGUGACGACUAUAAAAAAUCACCUAUUCAACAGAAAUCCAAGUACCAAUCGAAUCAGACUAAAGUAGAGCAUAAAGUUACAGGGAAUUUUAUGUUGAAACUCGAAGACUUAGAAGAAAAAUCUCCAGAUGAAAAGGAUCAACUGAGGGAUAUUACAAAAUCACUAAUAACAACAUCGAUUGUGGUUGAUACAACCAACAUUCCAACUACCAAAACGACAACAUUAGCAGAAGCUCCAAGGGUGGUACAAAUGACUGGGGAUAAAAUUAGUUCAAUGAUUUCGGGAAAAUCUAAAAUUAAUUACGUCUGAUAUACACUUAUCUUUUUUUGAAAUAAGAUUCACUAAAAAUUCAUAAAACUAAGUAAGACUCACGAAUGUCUUGUUUUUUAAUGUGAGUAAACUAUCAAGAAGUGAGCAUCUAACAUUUUCUUUAACAUUAUUAGAUUUCUAAGCACUACCUCCGUUUCCUUUCUUUUUUGGAUUUCCCCAGUUGAUAUUUUCAUAAGAGUAAUAUUUAACCAUUACUAUCAUAUUCGCUUCCUUCUUGUCUGUGAUUAGAAUUGAG